AGGCCCGUGAAGUUCAGGAAUGGCCAUGGCUGUGAUGAGGGCCAGGAUAAAAAGCCAAGGUGCGUGCCUCAGCCUGGGAAUGCGCUGGCGUUGCUCAUUGCAGUGGCCGAGCACGGAGUCCCUGUCCGCCGCCCACGAGUUUUCGCGAGGAGUUCCCGGUCGGAAGGACCGCAACGGCGCACCGGCAUCGAGCCAGCGCUGGUUGCAUGCUGGAGUCGCCUUGCGUGCCAGGGCUGCACGAGAGGACAACAAUGCCGAGGACCGGCUCGAUCUCAAGGAGGCGGCGGGCCUUCACCCGUUGCAUGCCGGAGUCGCUCGGCGCGCCGGGGCUGCGCAAGAGGACAACAGUGGCCAGGACCGGCGCGAUCUCGAGGAGGUGGUCGCAGAAGCCGACAGGGUGCUGGAGGACAACGGCACGGUGAAAGAGACCAAAGCCGUCUUGCGAAAAGCGCAGAAGAUAUAUCCAGGGAAGUGGACCCUUUCAGGGAAGAAAGACGAGUUGCAACAAAAACUGCGCGAGUUUGUGGAGGAGGCCAAAGCAACCAAAAAGGGCUUGGAAGAGGAUUCCCACAGGGCACAGGUGACAAGCUGGCACCCUGGGCGUGGCGGAGUUGCUUCGCGCGCCAGCCCGCAGCAGGACAGUGGUGCGGAGGACUGGCUCGCCAAGAGCCGUGAGGAGGUGGAGGCUUUUGGCGAAGAGGAGGUUCUGAGCUGGGCCGAAGCGGUGCUGAACGAGGGCAAGGUGAGAGAUGAGCUCAUCCAGCAGACGGUGACCGCACUGCAGCAGCAGGGCGUCACGGGCAAGUCCCUGCUGAAGCUCACGCUGGAAGAGCUGAUGGCAGCUCCGUACAACAUCCCUGGCGGCCCUGCAAAGCUUCUGGCUGAGAAGAUCCGGCUGUUGCAAGAGCCCGAGGACCCACUGGCCAUCAUGGCGAACUCAGAGCACACCGUGGAAGGCUUGCUACGCCUUCGAGCCUGCCUGAAAGAGAAACAGCCUGCCAGUGUUCAUGGCGAGCCAAACAAUGGCGAGUUUCAGGCUCGGCGUUUGGAGUCCCAGGGGUUUUUGAAUAGGGUCUCCAAGAUGUUGGGGGAUCGAAGUCGCAGUGGCUCUUUGACCAAAGCAGACAGCCCGCUGCUGGAGUAUGCCACGAUGAGUGGCGCUGGCAAGUCACGUUGGGGCUUUGAGGUGGAACGCUUGCUGAAGCGGAACCAAAGCUUCCAGUCUUACGCAGUAUCUCGCAUAGGGCUGAAUUUCAACGGUGGGACUGGUGGCGGGGGAGCUGAUGGCACAGAAACAGAAUAUCUUUUUGAGCAGCAGGGCUUUUCCUUGCAACAAAUCAUGGCCACACUACUUCUUGCUCGGGGGCUUUUGCAGUGCUCGCCAGACAGUUUUCGAGGGAAGGAGAAUUGGUUAAGGGCCUUGAGAGUCAACACAGUUCUUGAUGCAGUGUUCAAAAGCUUUGCACACAGCUCGGAAAGGAAGAGCAUCCUAGUUGUGCAUGUGGAUGAGCUUGCAUUGCUAUUGGAAGCCCGCAAGUUUGAUGACCGACAACUCAAACACUUUGUGAACGUUUUGGCUGAAUACAACUGUCAGCCGAAUCCUUCGGGAUUGGUGGUGCCGGUCAUUACGCACACUGCGCCGGUGGAAUGGGAUCCAAAGCCGACUGUGAUACCGCUGGAACGACGCAGCCUCUUUCCGUUCAACUUUGGAGACUCCCAGAAGUUCUUCCCAGGCCUGAAUACAACUGGCCUGGAUUCCCGCCGUGCCAUCAGUGCCUGCGGAGGUCAUGCAGCGUUGCUGGUGGAGUUGCGCCGCUUCAUGCAACGGCAGUCUGGCGGACUUGGUGCACUGCUCACAUGCAACCGCGUCUCUCAACACAGAAAGUCUUUGCAAAAGAUUGAGCAGCUCGGAGCAACAUGCAACACCCUCGUUCGGGCAGUGCUUCUGCAAGACGCUCUUGAUGAUCACCAACUUCAAGAUUUCAGACGGUUCUUCCAACUUGGUCUUCUCUUCACAGAGGUGAAUGAGUUCAAUGACACCUACCGCAUCACGGUACCAUACCCAUGUUUCUUGAACCUGUUGAUGCAGUUGGAUCGGCCAGAGCGUUUCAAUCAUCUGCGACACGAAAAUCCCACUGGCACAGACCGCCGCUGGAGUUCGAAGUCAUUCGAGGCACUUUGCGCAAUGCGAGUGGCCAUUGACAUGAUUGGCUUUCCCUACGACCUGCCCUGCGAUCCUAGAGCAGCAGCGAUAGAAUUCAGAAGAAACAGGAAAUCUCGUGUGUUUCUUGCAGAGAGCGAUACGGAGCUUGGUGUGGACAGCAUCGGAUUUGACGGCAACACCAUGACCUUGGUUCAGAGUAAAUACCCAGAGGCUGAUACAACCCAAGAGUGGAUUAGGGAGUUUAUGAACUUCGCAAAAACGACUGGUGUUGAUUGGGCUAAAUCAGCAAAUUGCACAAGAAUUUGUGCAAUCUUUGCCACUGCGAGGGCAUCAAGAAACUAUGAAUCGGAGUGGCCAAUGGAGCUCAAUGUCCAGGAAGUGGUCAUCACUUACGUAAUUUACGCCAAGACUCAAAACAGCAGAACUCGCGCAGUCCGGACAAAGCAGAUCGAUGAAUGGAUCCCUCCAGGACUCAUGUGCAUGUAACAGCAACAGAAGUCGCGCGUCUGGACAGCUGCUGCGGCUGCUGCUCCUGUGGAAAAAGUCGCCAGCGUUCAGUCUCAGCGUCAGGGAAGUCUGAUUACACGGUCUGAUUACAGAGUCUUCGCCAAAUUGCUCAUGCGUGUUUGAUUAGUUGUUACUGUUUGUUUAUCCUAAGAAUGUUUCCUCAGGACUCCCUCGUCUCGGCUUUUUUGGCAUAAAGCUGCCUGACAUUGAAAGACUGCUUUUUGAACGGACGCAUCAACAGCUAGAAGGAGAGGAGAGUCAAGGUGGCUGUACUGGUGUACGCAUUCACGAGGUCGGGUCUCUGAAGACAGAGCUCGCCAAAGGUCUCCGUUACACGGCUCCGACAAAAAGACACACACCGUGUUUUUGGUGCUGGCUGCUCCUGGACAGGGGAAGUCGCGCUGUCUGCAGGAGCUGCCUGCGUUCAUCAACGCGACUCAGGCCAUUGGCCAAAGGCGGAAGUCGUCGUUCCUUCUCACCUUGGAGAACGGACACGGGAGACUUUGCUGAAGCUGGCGCUGCGCCACAGGGCAGCGGCGUCCAUCCGCUCCAGCCGUG